AUGUUGCUGCCUUUCCUCCUCUAUGGGGCUGCACGUUUUCUCGCUGCCACAAAGGGAGAGGUGGUCCAGGAUUUUAAGAACUGCCUCGAGUUCUUCUUGGACAAGAUGCCCCCUGGAGAAUCUCUGACGCCGCCCAGAGAAGCCAAGAUCUGCCAGUUCUAUAGGAACGCCUAUCGCUUUGCCACGAUGUACGACCGGGAGAAACGGAUUCCCAUCUACUCCGCUUACAAAUGCAAACCUGGGAAGGGACACAGAUAUCAAGGAUGGAUGAUAGAGCCACAGGUAAGGGGACUUCUCACCUGCCCAAUCCAAAAGGAACUUCCACUUUGCCACCUGUUUUUCUGCACCAUAUUUGGUGAGACUCAGCUGACAAUUGAGUGUCGUCGUCCCACCCCUGUGGAAUGCCACCAAACAGAGCAGGUUCAAGGAACCGGUGUCACCAAUGGCUGAACUACAACUCCCAUCAUUCUUGCUCGCUAGGGCCGGUGGGAGUUGUAGUUUAGCAACACCAGGUAGCCCCUCCCAGGUUCACUGCUCCUGCAAGAUUCAGCAGCCGUCUUCUAUAGAUUAACCUUUAAACAUCUGCUUAAAUAUGUUUCUUUGCCGCCAGGCUUAAGUGGACAACGAAGAUAAACAUUUUCUGCGGUAAUUAGCUGGGAAUCUGUUCCAGUUCUUUACCUGAUUUUAUUAUAAGUGUUAUAAACUUGUUUGAUACACUUUAUGAAAUUGUGGUAUACAACCGUUUUUAUAAACAAAUACAUUUGUGCUUAUUAGGUUGUGCCCAACUAGCUUUUACUCAAAGAGUAGACCCAUUAAAAUGAACGAACCUUCCUUAAUCAUUGUGAGAAGCAGAGUUACAGGGAACCAGGCAGAAGGCCUUCUCGGUAGUGGCGCCUUCCCUGUGGAACGCCCUCCCGUCAGAUGUCAAGGAAAUAAACAACUGUCUGACUUUUAGAAGACAACUGAAGGCAGCCCUGUAUCAGGAAGUCUGAUAUUUUACUAUGUUUUAUAUAUGCUGUAAGCUGCCCAGAGUGGCAGGGGCAACCCAGUCAGAUGGCUGGGGCAUAAAUAAUAAAAUUAUUAUUAUUAUGCAUGGUCAUUGAUUUCAAUAGGUCUACUCAAAAUUAACUUUUACUCAAAGUUAAUGUGCAACCUAUCAUCACUGCUUUCUGCACAAUUCUCAGAGUGGCUUAGCAACCAAUCCCUCUUCCCAGUGGGCUCUGGGAAUUGUAGCUUCGGGAGGGGGGUAUAGGGGGGUCUCCUAACGACUCUCAGCGCCUUUAACAAGCUAAAGUUCUCAGAAAUCUUUGCAGGAAAUCAAGACUGUCCAAGUGACACGAUAGUGCUGUAUGACGUGGAUGUAGCCUCAGUCUCAAAGGUUUGGUUAAUAAUAAUAAUAAUAAUAAUAAUAAUAAUAAUUUAUUUAUACCCCGCCCAUCUGGCUGAGUUUCCCCAGCCACUUUGGGCAGCUCCCAAUCAAGUAUUAAAAACAAUACAGCAUUAAAUGUUAAAAACUUCCCUGAACAGGGCUGCCUUCAGAUGUCUUUUAAAGAUAGGAUAGCUACUUAUUUCCUUCACAUCUGAAGGGAGGGUGUUCCACAGGGCGGGCGCCACUACCGAGAAGGCCCUCUGUCUGGUUCCACUGCAUGUCUGAGCAGGGAGCAGUUGACCUAUUUUCCUUGCUGUUUUUCAGCUCGUAGACCCGACUUUGGGGAAGGGCAUGGAAGACGAGCGUGAAACCAACGUCGCCGCCGCAGGGAUUAAGAAGAGCCAGGCCACUUUUGACGAUUAUGCACAGGCCUUAAGCAUUGAAAAGGGGCACUUGAACCCAGUGAGCCACCAACCGGACGAGGACAGCAGAGCGGCCACUUCCACUUUGACCAAUAUCGUGCCCCAGUAUAGCAAGCUCAACGAAGGUGCCUGGGCCGAGCACGAGAGCCUCCUCAAGAAAGAAGCCCAGGCUUGCCGUGAUAUGUACGUCCUCGUGGGAGCUGUGCCGGGGGAUGAGUAUAUCUCGGACCUCAGGGUCAAUAAGCCCAGCCACAUCUGGUCGGCAGCUUGCUGUGUGCUUGAUAACCAGCACAGAAAAUCCUGGGCUGCCCUUGCGAAAAACAGUGAGAAUGAAGUCAAGGAAUACAGCUUGGAGACCCUCCAGAAAAUCCUAGCUGAACUUUAUGGGAAGAAGAAAGUGGAUCUUUUCAAUGGUUCCUGUAACUAG